CCCUUAAAGCUGUUUCUUUCUUUCUUUCUUUCUUUCUUUCUUUCUGUCGCCUCGCCUUCCCUCCUUGUCCUGGCUUUGUUAAUCGACAUCGUUGUUACGUCUGUUGAACAGAAAAUGCAUACCGUUGCCGUAUGGACCGCUUUCGUAUUAGCGUACUCGAGCAGCCCGUUAGUGGCCGGUACACGAUACAUCGAUCCGAUCUCGACACAGUCGGGAAAUACCGGCGAGAUUGGCGAGAAGCGCGUUGACCUGUCCGAACCGACGUGCGAGGAAUUGAGGGCAAUGUGGAGGUACACCAAACGGCAGAGUAGAGCCGCUAAGACCACCGGAUACUCCUUUUAUCCCGAUCCGUUCUCUUACGAUAUGUGGAAGCCUUACCCCGAAAGCGCCAAGCCUCCCCUCAACUAUCGAGGAAGGGCACGAAAUCGCGCAGGAGGAAGCGCUCCGAUUUACGGAAGAAUGGUGCACAAGGCGCCAGCCGGAAGCAGAUUCAGGAACGGAAUGCGACACUCGUUGCGGCCGCUCGAGAAAAUUCCAGCUUUUUAUGGUACGAUCAAUCCUUAUUCCCCGUCGACGAGACGUCGCGUCAACAAGCUCCGCACGAUGGGUUCUCCUCCUUUGCCCUCGGUCCCGCAAGCUGGCAGUUUUCAGCUCCUGAAGGAGAUGCUCCGCGACGAACGUGCCCGCGAGCUACAG